ACCCACGUCGGAUCCCAAGUCCUCCCAUAUAUCCAUCCCACGCCACUCUUUCUUCCGCCCAAUCUCCUCUCCAUCUCCGUUCAUGGAUGUCGCCUUCACCCCCAAGCCGCAAAGGCCCAUCUGCUCCGUCUACCUCCCCUUCUCUCCGGGCCUCCUGCCUCUCUCCACCCGGAGGGAAUUCCUCGGAUGCGGCAGCCAUCUCCGGCCUCCCUCCGGCCUCCGUUCCCUCAAGCGAUUCAAGAAAUCGGGCCUCCAAUUCCAUUCUCCCCGGUGCCUCUCCCAGGAAUUCUCGUACGAGGAUUCCGUUCUUACCGCUGCCGCGGUGGUCGCUGCCUUCACAGCCUUCCAGUUCAUUUACCUGAAUCACAAGCGGAAGCGGAGGAGUGAAUCCCCCAAAUUCUCAGGUUUACAAGUUUCUGAUGUUACGGUUGGCUCUGGACCCUGUGAGCAAGAUGCCAUUAGUAGGAGUAAGGAAGGUGCGGCGAAAGAGUUUAUGAUCGGUCAACAUAAACAAACCAUGAACAGAGGAAGUGAUAUAAUUUCCGAGAGGCCUCAUGGAUUUUUGCAUCUAGAUCAAGCUAAGAAGAAGCAGGAUUUGGUCAGUCAGGCUGAUGAUUUACGCCAUAUUACAUCCAUGGGUGGUCAGAAAACCAUGCUUACUAGGGAUAAUAGCCAAUGCCUUCAAGAAACUCUUGCUUGCAGUGAAGAGGAACAGCUUGACUUCAGGUCUCUAUCAUGCUUUAAAGGUUUAAGUGAAGAACCUCUUCAUCUCAUCCUUCAAGAAAACAAUGGUUCAUGCAGUCAGUUAAUGCUUGACCUGAGGUAUCAGGAUGCUCUUGCAAAAGGCUCUUUUCUUACAGCAGAUCCUACUAAACAACAACCACCUAUGUCAUGCUUUAAGGAAGCUUCAAAAAGAGAAGAAAAAGUACUAAGAAAUGUGCAUGAAUUUGCCAAAGACAUAGGAAGAAACAUGAGAUGUAAAAAGGGUGAUACAAUCUUGUCCAGAUUGCCUCAGCCAAAGAGGAAUUUUGAGAAAAGUACAAAUGAUCUGUCAUCAUGGUUGAGAACCUACAAUCGUCUCUUAAGGGAUGGAAGGUUGGCAGAAUGCAUCGACUUUCUGGAAAGCAUGGAAAGGAAGGGAUUGUUGGAUAUGGACAAGGUUCAUCAUAUGAGCUUUCUUAAAGCUUGUAAGAAUAAAAAGGCUGUAAAAGAGGCUUUUCAGUUUUGCAAAUUAAUUCAAAACCCAACGAUGAGCACAUUUAAUAUGCUUCUAUCUGUAUGUGCAAGCUCUCAAGAUUUUGAAGGAGCUUUUCAAGUCAUGCUUUUGAUCAAGGAGGAUGCACUGAAACCUGAUUGCAAACUUUACACUACGCUGAUAUCAACCUGUGCCAAAAGUGGAAAAGUUGAUGCUAUGUUUGAAGUUUUCCAUGAAAUGGUAAAUGCUGGAAUAGAACCAAAUGCCAACACAUAUGGCGCACUUAUUGAUGGCUGUGCAAGGGCUGGACAAGUGGCUAAAGCUUUUGGUGCUUAUGGAAUUAUGAGAUCGAAGAAAGUGCAGCCUGAUCGAGUUGUAUUCAAUGCCCUCAUCACUGCCUGUGGUGAGGUAGGAGCUGUUGAUCGUGCAUUUGAUGUCUUGGCAGAGAUGAAGGCAGAACCUAAACCAAUUGACCCUGAUCAUGUCACUGUUGGUGCUUUGAUUAAGGCAUGCAGUAAGUCUGGUCAGGUUGAACGAACUCGUGAAGUUUACAAAAUGCUUCAAGAGUAUCACAUAACAGGCACCCCAGAAGUUUACACUAUUGCUGCGAAGAGUUGUAGCCAGAUAGGUGAUUUCCAAUUUGCUCUUGAAAUCUAUGAUGAUAUGAAAAGAAAUGGAGUCAUACCUGAUGAGAUGUUUCUUAGCACCAUAAUUGAUGUUGCUGGGCAUGCUGGGAAGAUAAAUGCUGCCUUCAAAAUCUUGCAAGAAGCAAAGAGUGAUGGAAUAAAAGUUGGAAAUAUGUCAUAUAGCUCUUUGAUGGGGGCUUGUUGCAAUGCCAAAGACUGGAAGAAAGCACUCGAGCUAUAUGAGGAGAUUAAAGCAAUAAAAUUGCUUCCUACAGUUUCUUUGUUGAAUGCUUUAAUCACAUCAUUAUGCGAGGCUGACCAAGUACUGAAGUCUGUUGAAGUUCUUGAUGAAAUGAAAAAAAAAGGUGUACAACCAAAUGAAAUUACAUAUUCUGUCCUCAUAGUAGCAUGUGAAAGAAAUGGCGAAGCUGAAUUGGCCUUUACACUCUUUGGAGAAGCAAAAAGGGAUCGCGUCCUUCCCAAUAUCAUUAUGUGCCGCUGUUUGACUGGUUUGUGCUUAUACAGUUUUAAGAAGGCUUAUUCACUUGGUGAGCCUAUUGUUUCUUUCAACACAGGGCGGCCACAAGUUGAUAGUAAAUGGACUUCACUAGCAAUAAUGGUCUAUCGUGAAACCAUUCAAGCUGGUGUCAUACCUACAAUUGAAGUUUUUUCGCAAGUGCUGGGAUGCCUGCAGUUUCCACGUGAUUCUUCAUUAAGAAAAACAUUUAUUGAGAACCUGGGAAUAGGUUUUGAUUCCUCAAGAUCUUCAAAUGUGAGUUCACUGCUAGAUGGUUUUGGUGAAUAUGAUAUCCGUUCUUUUUCCAUACUAGAGGAAGCUACUUCACUAGGAGUAAUUCCACGUGCAACGAUGAAAGAUAAUCCAGUUGUUGAUGCAAGGAAAUUGCAGAUUCAUACCGCUGAGGUGUAUCUCUUAACAAUUUUGAAAGGUCUCAAGUAUCGGCUUGCUGCUGGUUCAAGGCUACCAAAUAUCACAAUUUUGUUACCUACGGAAAGGACACAAAUAGAGUUUUCCAAAGGAGACAGAACAAUUAGCCUUGCUGGAAGGGUUGGUCAGGCAGUUGGUUCGCUGUUGAGGAGACUGGGCCUUCCUUAUCAAGGAGAAGAAUCAUAUGGGAAAAUUAGAAUAAAUGGUCUUGCUUUGAGAAGGUGGUUUAAACCAAGGGUUACCAGCACAUCUUUUUCAGGAAGACCUGCAGAAAUGAUUCCAACAACUGCACGUUUGGCCAAAGGGAUCGCCGAUCAGCAGCGCAGCAUUCGGAUCAGCAAAAAUUUCUCUCUUGAAUAACAUGCUGCAUCACUUCAGCUGAUGAUUUUAUUCAUGUUUGGAUCAAGAAGAAUAAUUGGACGAAGAUUCAGUCGCCAAUAUGAUUGUUGAUAUGGUAGUUCUGCUUCAAACCUCUUUUUAUCAUCUAGAACAGGAUACAAAAUGUUUCCAUUUGCGUACAUGUCCAACAUUGAAGGUGAAGGUAGCAUGUUUUGAAUGAUGAAUCAGCAUUAUGGUAUGAAUGGUAUUAUCAUCUCGAUAAAUUUCCAGGAUUAUUGGUAUUUA